AUGCAAAGUUCUGCAGUUCAAGAUGAAUCAUUUGAAAGAAGCAUCGAUAUAAUUAUAAAAUCUAUUGAAAAUGUCACUCAAAUGAAAGAAGAAAUUAGCAUAUCAUUCAUCGUAUUACACAACGAUAUAAUACUCGGAGAAAGUAUUCCUCUUAUUAUCAAUCCAGAUUUUAAAGAACAGAUUUACGAUGUCAAUUUCGCGGUUAAAUUUUCAUUUAGAGUUAACGAUCUCAAUAGUAUGGAUCCAAUUGUAUCAACGCCAGUUUUAAUAAAGGUAACGUGCGAUUCUCAAAAUGAUCAAUCUCCACCUGAUUCUAUCAAUUCAAUCGAGGAAUCGAGGAAGAAAGUAACAGCAGUCGCUCUGCAAGAGACAUCAACUCCAUCAGGCGUGAUUGGUUUUUGCACUCUCGAUCUAAUGCCGAUAUUGCUAGGUGAGAAAUCGUUCACCGAAAAAUUGAUAGUCCAAACGCCACGUGACGAUAAUGCGGUCCCACGGCAAAAUCUUCCUUUGUUAAACGUGACAAUAAAAUACGACGGCGAAGAAAUAUUUCCUCCGCAAGCAAACAUUAAUUUCCUAAGUAUUACGGUGGAAAGUAUUUACAAUCCACCAACCUUUUUCGCCGAAGACGCAGAUUAUAAAGCGGGCACAAUAGUAUAUAUUGAUGAUGAGAUUCUGAAAAACGUAAUAUUCGAAGAUGGUAAAUGGACAAAAUAUCGCGACGUGGAAAGAACUAAACGAUGGCGGAGUUUAUCAAAAUUACAAAGUCGCGCCAAAUUAUCUAAGUGGAAACUUAGUCGUGAUUAUGCACAUAUAAGAAAUACGGUCGAUGCGGAACUUGAUUUACAAAAAAAAAUGUUUCAAGAAUCUAGAAUCGAGUGGAAUUUUAUGGAUCGCAGCAUGUUACGUAAUGCGGGAAACAAAAUGAAAAAGCAUCUUAAUAAAUAUAAAUAUUGGCCGUUUCAAUUUAUGGUAAUCGAGAAAAAUGCGGAAAAAGAUAAUAUUAGAGAAAGGGAAGAAGAAUCAGCUAAAUGUCAAGUUUAUCAAUGUUAUGUCAAUUUGUCAGAGCUUGUUUUUCCCGGAGUAAGAAGCACUCGCGUAGCUACACAAUUAUAUACGCAUAAUGCAGCGUAUAUGAUUGAAAAAACUGGCUUAGAAAAAGAUAUUUUCAAUAUAGAAUAUGGGAAUGAUAAAAACUCGAAUGAACGAAAACCGGAAAAAUCGAUUCAAUCAGACAAAGAAGUAACGCAAAGUAUUCCAUUAAUUUCCGAAAUUGGCGAGCCUGUAUUUGUUAUAAUUGAGGUUGAACUUUCUUAUCCACUUAUUCCUUGUAGACUUGAAACCGAUUUUUCAGACACAAUCGAGGAAAUGAUGACUCCGAAGAUAAUUAAACCAUAUUAUGUCUACUCUGGCGACUUAGCAGAGAAGCAAUAUACAACUUGCAUUCAGAAACUAGUGGAAAUUAUUACGGAAAGCUACAGAGACGAGCUAACUUGUUUCACGCAAUAUUUGUAUAAAAGUAAUACGUAUUUGAAUGUACGCAGCACUUUGAAGGCGAAAGUGAUCACGUUAUUGGAUCAAAAAUUCAAAACAAAAUAUCCACCGUACAUUCCGUCGACAGCCAGUAUAGCAUUUAUAUACACAUAUCUUGUCGAAAGAAUGCAUCUCGCUAUCAAUAAGAUUGUUGAAAGCCGCUUCGCAAACGACGAUAAGCCGAAGACUGCGAUAUCUGAAAAGUUAUAUUUCUACGCGGAAGAAGCUUAUGAGUUAGGUCACAUUGAUGAUGCAAGACGGCAUCAUCAGACUGCAAUUGCGGAUAAAAAUGAUUCCGAAGCAUGGAUCAGAUACACGAUUUUUCUCUUAAAAAUCGAUGACGUGGAAUGUGCAAAACAGUGCUGUCGUGAAGCGAUUCUUUUAAAUAGACGAAAUAAAUUUGCUUUACUGGUGUACGGUUUAAUCCUUGCCGAAAAUCAGAAUUAUGAGAAAGCAGAAAUCUUUCUAAGAGCCGUUACCGAUUUUUAUCCACGAUUCGUUGAAGGCUGGGUAAUCUUGCAUUUGUUUUACACUCGCAUAGAUUAUAGCUCAGGAAUAGAUCUCACGUUAAGAAUAGCGGAAAAAUGUAUAAAAGACGACGGUCGGGAGACGGAGAUUUCUAGUGAGGAUUCACUUGCUUGGACAAUGAUUCAUUGUCCGCACGAUAACAUAUUCAUGAUAACAGCCACACUCCUAAUGAAAUUACAUCUCUGCGACUUUGCUGGUUUAGCAUUGGCGAGAGAAAUGACUCGCAUAGGCAAAGCUACCCACAUCCUAUAUUACAUGGCCGUGCGACACUAUUUAUUGCAGGAAUACAAAGAUUCUUUGUCAUAUUUAAAAGAAGCCGAAUGUAUUUAUGGCUUGGAUUAUUCGAUAAGCAGUUUAAUGGGACAUUGUCAUUUUCAAGAGGGUAAUUUUACCGAAGCCAUUUAUUAUUAUGAAUUUGCCAAUGCAAUGUUCAACAGACCAGACGAUUUGCAUCUCACGCAGACAAGAAUGGGACUAUAUUACGAAGAUAUCGGUGAUUACGAGCGUGCAUUAAAAGUUUUCCUUAGCGUAUGUAGAACUUCACCAACCGCAGAAACAUGGCUUGGUGCAGGGAUCGCUUUUUUUGAGCUGCGGAGGUUUACGGAAGCUGAAGCAGCUUUAUCAGAAGCAAAUCAGAUCGACAAUCGUAAUGCAACCGUUUGGAAAUAUCUAUGCUUAUUAAAUAUAUCAUUACAGCGUCACGACGAGUUUAUUCAGUGUUACGAACAGAUCACCCAAGACAAUACUUUCUCUCUAGAGAAACGAUCCCUUAAACGACGAGAUGGAAAACCGGGAUCGGUUAUGCUCUAGAUACUGUCUAGAAACGCUGUAGCAUAUAAAUUUCUUCUCUUUAAUUCAAACAUUUAGUUGAUGAAUCACUCUACAAUCGCGAUGAGAUUGACGUGCAUCUUUCUUGUAUUCUGUUUGUCUCGAAAUAGCGAUGUUACGAUGAUUAACUGCGAUGAGUCAAGCAGCAUAAUGCGUCAUUCGAUUUUAAAAAAAGAUGAUAUUCCACGAGUCAAAAUAAAAGUGUUUCGUGGUCCCACGCAACAAGGAAACGGCGAAUAUUUCGCUACUUGGGGAUAUUGGAUUCAACAGCCUAGCAGAUAAUGUCCAUUUUUUUUGUUAUCGCUUGUUCUCUAUCAUGCAACAUUUAUAUGUAAUAGC